CACCAUCUGUGGCAGGCCUGCUUGCUUUAAUGCACAUGUGCAAUGUCGGGCCGAUAACCACAUUGUAACCAUGACAAGAUGGCGACAGCUCCAUGUUGUGACGGCGGGUUAUAUUGCUGUUGGGUUCUCUUUAGGUGCUCUAGUUAGUCAACUCCUCCUAAAUAUCUCUGUUGGCACAGACCCCCAUCCCCAUGGGCCCACGUCCCAGAGGUCGGACCAGCGGACCAUCGACACAAGAUGGCGGCAGCGGAGAGAGCAAUUUAUUGCUGACAAAAGAUACAACAGAGGUUACACGGAUGUAGCAGACGACCUUCGACGAGUGAAGAUUCUCUGUUUUGUUGUCAUUACUGAAGACAAAGUUGCCGCCCAGAGAUCAGUGUACCAGCAGACGUGGGGUCGGAGAUGUGACCGUCUUCUUCUCUUCAGCACCAAUACCACAGAUAACGACACAGUUGUUCUCAAGAUCCCUACUUCUGGACAUCCAGUGGAGGACGACUCAUACGCCUCUCUUCAGGCUUUAAAGUACAUAUACACACAUCAUUUAGGGGGAGCCCACUGGUUUAUCCGAGUCCAUCCCAUGACGUUUGUCGUUCUUGAAAACCUUCGCUAUUUCCUCAAGGACGAAGAUUACAACAAACCUAUCUAUUUCGGCCAGGUUCUGAGAGAAGGAAACACAGUCUUCCCGCUCGGGAGCGCGGGUUAUGUCAUCAGCAGAGAAGCCAUUUCCAAAUUCGGGGCGUCUAGUGCGUCGAAGGCGAGUUGUAAAGGAAGCACUACCUCCGAAUGUGUUGUCGUCGCGGACUGCUUCCGGGAUCUCGGCAUCAUCCUGGGCGACUCUCGGGACGCCCUGGACAGAAGCAGGUUCCACGGUGUGUCCGUGGAGUCGGUGUCGGUACAAGAAUACCCUGCAUGGUUCGCUGAGCUGGACGUGCACAACAACAUGACGAAGCAGGGAAUUUCGUCAGUAAGCGACGUCAGCAUCACCAUCAGCCCCGUCUCCGACAGCGUCAUCCUGGCCCUGGAAUACUUCCUGUAUCGCGCCGGGGUGUAUGGCGCGCACCUUCCAAUGACGUCACUUAAUAAAGUUCACAGACAGUCAGCAUAGAAACGUUGUGUUGUUUGCAUUUUUAGGAUGUUUUUGAAUACGUACUUUUAUGUACAGUUGUAUUGGAGAACAAGUUUGAGAUAAAUAUACAGAUGAAUAUAA